GCCGAUGAUAUCAAUAUCAUCGGCAUACGCCAGCAGCUGUACACUCUUAUAGAAGAUGGUACCUUCUCUAUUUAGUUCUGCGGCUCGAACUAUUUUCUCCAAAAGCAGGUUGAAAAAGUCGCACGAUAGGGAGUCGCCUUGUCUGAAACCUCGUUUGGUAUCGAACGGCUCGGAGAGGUCCUUCCCGAUCCUGACGGAGCUUUUGGUGUUACUCAACGUCAGUUUGCACAGCCGUAUUAGUUUUGCGGGGAUACCAAAUUCAGACAUCGCGGCAUAAAGGCAGCUCCUUUUCGUGCUGUCGAAAGCAGCUUUGAAAUCGACGAAGAGGUGGGGUGUGUCGAUUCUCCUUUAACGGUUCUUUUCCAAGAUUUGGCGCAUGGUGAAUAUCUGGUCGGUUGUUGAUUUUCCAGGUCUAAAGCCACACUGAUAAGGUCCAAUCAGUUUGUUGACGCUGGGCUCUAAUCUUUCACACAAUACGCUCGAUAGAACUUUAUAUGCGAUGUUGAAGAGGCUAAUCCCACGGUAGUUGGCGCAGAUUGUGGGAUCUCCUUUUUUAUGGAUUGGGCAUAGCACACUUAAAUUCCAAUCGUUGGGCAUGCUUUCGUCCGACCAUAUUUUACAAAGAAGCUGAUGCAUGCUCCUUAUCAGUUCUUCGCCGCCGUGUUUGAAUAGCUCGGCCGGCAAUCCGUCGGCCCCUGCCGCUUUGUUGUUUUUCAGGCGGGUAAUUGCUAUUCGAACUUCUUCAUGGUCGGGCAAUGGAACGUCGGCUCCAUCGUCGUCGAUUGGGGAAUCGGGUUCGCCUUCCCUGGCGUUGUCCAUUCGCUGCCAUUUAGCAGGCUGGAGAAGUGUUCCCUCCAUAAAUUAAGUAUGCUCUGGGCAUCGGUGACUAGAUCACCUGUUGGGGUUCUACAAGAGUAUGCUCCGGUCUCGAAACCUUCUGUAAGCCGAAGCAUUUUUUCGUAGAAUUUUCGAGCAUUACCCCUGUCGGCCAGCUUAUCAAGCUCUUCGUACUCACGCAUUUCGGCCUCCUUCCUUUUCUGUCUGCAAAUACGUCUCGCUUCCCUUUUCAACUCUCGGUAUCUAUCUCAUCCCGCACGUGUUGUGGUCGAUCGUAACGUUGCGAGGUAGGCAGCCUGUUUUCUCUCCGCUGCGACACGGCACUCCUCGUCGUACCAGCUGUCCGAAAACCAAUUGCUUCGGUUGCAGCUGUGCGUAAGGAGUUUGAUGCCGUCCCACUGUUACCUUAUACCGAGUUGUUGACGAGUGCUCUCAGAGAGCGAAGUGCAAGCCAAGUAGCAAAUCGUUCGGCUGUCUUUUGUGAUUGCAGCUUCUCGACGUCGAACCUUCCUUGUGUUUGUUGGUGUGCGUUUUUUGCUGCACAGAGGCGGUUGCGAAUCUUGUCUGCAACACGAUAGUGGUCCGAGUCGACGUUAGGACCUCGGAGCACACGCACAUUUAAAACACUGGAGACGUGUCUUCCGUCUAUCACAACAUGAUCGAUUUGGUUGGUGGUUUUUUGAUCCGGAGACAGCCAGGUGGCUUGAUGAAUCUUUUUAUGCUGGAAUCUAGUACUACAGAUAACCAUAUUUCGGGCCCCGACGAAGUCGAUCAGCCUCAACUCAUUUGGGGAUGUUUCGUCGUGAAGGCUGAAUUUACCGACCGUAGUGCCAAAGAUACCUUCUUUGCCCACCCUGGCGUUAAAGUCGCCAAGUACGUGUUUUACAUCGUGGCGGGGGCAUCUCUCAUAAGUGCGUUCCAAGCACUCAUGAAAGGCAUAUUUGGUCACAUCGUCCUUCUCAUCCGUCGGGGCGUGGGCGCAAAUCAGCGAUAUGUUGAAGAACCUCGCUUUGAUGCGGAUUGUGGCUAGACGUUCAUUCACCGGAGUGAAUGAUAGUACUCGGCGACGGAGUCUCUCUCCCACCACGAAUCCCACACCAAACUUGCGCUGCUUUAUAUGGCCACUGUAGUAAAUGCCACAAGGACCUACUCGUCUCUGUCCUUGUCCCGUCCAUCGCAUUUCUUGGACGGCGGUGAUGUCAGCCUUUAUUUUCACGAGGAUAUCAACCAGCUGGGCAGCGGCACCUUCCCAAUUAAGGGACCGGACAUUCCAGGUGCAUGCCCUCAAUUCGUUGCCCUUAUUUCGUUUGCCAUGGUCGUCAUAAAAAGAGGGAUUUCUCAUCCGAGGCUGUUUGUCAUUUUUCAUCGGGGUGAGCUUUUUACGUGGCGGGUCCCAAACCCAGCGCACAACCCUAUGCAGGGGAUGUUUCGCCUUCUCACCUUAGCUCGCCUUCGAACGGAUGUUCUUAGGCUACCCAGAGGAUACUUGGUCAAAGACCGGAAGUAGUGAGCUGCUUGAGUCAUGUGUAAAAGAAUUGGAACAAUAUACGUUGGGCAAAAACGUACAUGCUCUGAAACAUAUAGUAAGAUAGUACGUUCCGAAAUUCACCGCUUUGACCGCAGAGCGUGUUUCAUUCCGAAGUUGUUCUACAACAAUAAAAAAUUAGAACUACUGUAAAUUAAGAAUAGUACAUCCAUAUGCCUUCGAAAGUUUUCAGGUCGUAACCGUGUUACGGCUCAAAAUGUAUUAAAUAAAAACUUUGUUCAAAACUUGAUUCAACAUGAUCACGGUUACAAAGUUUUGAAAGGUGUUAGAUCCUCUCCUGCUCACUGGGAAGCUGAGAAAAAAAAGCAAUUGCAAUGAUUCGGCAAUUUGGGCUUCCAACCUUUUUCAUAACUCUAUCGGCUGCUGAAUCUCAGUGGGUUGAGCUGUUGGUUAUUCUGUCGAAAACUGUUGAUUCAAAAGAUAUUUCACAAGAAGAAGCCAACAUUUUAUCAACCCAAGAUAGAUAUCGCUUAAUCCGCUCAGAUGCGGUUACUUGUGCUAGAUAUUUUGAUUACCGCUACCGGCAAAUCCUUAAACUUUCUAAAGAUAAUACCGGCAUUUUUGGAACACAUUUUGUAAAAAACUAUUACUGGAGAGUAGAGUUUCAACAGAGAGGUUCCCCGCAUAUACAUGGCAUGUAUUGGCUUAAUAAUGCUCCCGAGAUCAACCUUCAAAAUCCUGAGACAUUCUCCGAAGUCAUUGAUUUCAUUGACACUUAUGUUUCAACAGAUGGUUCAGUAAGCCGCUUGGAAUAUUAUUUAGAUUAUCAAAAGCAUAAUCACAGUCGGUCGUGUACUAGAGAAAUAAGAGGACAACAAUUUUGUCGUUUUGAUGUACCAUAUCCACCAAUGCCUUCCACACAAAUAUUGCUUCCUUUUCCAGACACAACCCAAGAUUUGGAAAGGCAUAAGGAAAACUUUUCUAGAAUUCAAAAUGUUUUAAAUUCAACUCUGACUACAGAAGAUAUAUCGAAUUUAGAUAAUUUUAAAAAUUUCUUGAGCGAUAAUAGAAUAAACAUGUCUUUUGAUGACUAUUUGCUAGCUCUGAGAUCAAGCUUAUCAAAACCUAAAAUUUUUCUGAAAAGAAAAAUGCAAGAUCGUUUUAUAAAUGCUUAUAACCCUCUUAUUUUGGAACUCCAUAGGGCUAAUAUGGAUAUCCAAUAUAUACUGGAUGCAUAUGCUUGCUGUUCCUAUAUAAUUAAUUAUAUUAACAAAUCGAACAGAGGAAUUUCUAGGCUCUUAAGUGAAGCUAUAUCAGAAGUAAAUGCCGGAAAUUAUACAAUAAAGCAAAAACUUCAACAUAUAGGUCAUAAAUUUAUAUCAGGCACGGAAAUAUUUGCACAAGAAGCUGUUUAUUGCUGCAUUGGGCUUCAUCUUUCGGAAGGUAGUAAUGGAGAAAUAUUUAUAAAUACCUCACGACCGGAGGAACGUGUUCGAAUUCUACUGAAAUAUUUGUAGCUGGUAUUUUAGACCGUUAUGUGCAGCGGCCCGAUCAGUUAGAAACUGUUUGCUUAGCAGAUUUUGCAUCUAUGUUUAAAUUUGUGAAAUCCAAUAGAAUAGUGGAAGACAGUGAUCAUGAAGAAGAAGUGAGGGAAGAUAAUAACGUACCAGAUAUUGGGGUACCCAUUGCACUUAGAGACGGUAGCGGUUUUGUUAAAAAACGUACCAAACCAAUUAUUUUUCGGUACAGAAGGUUUAGUCCUGAUGUGACCAAAGUUGAGUAUUUCUGCAAAAUGGUAAUGCAGUGGAUCUUAUUGAAAAUGAUAAUGAGCUAACUUGUAUAACUCACCGUAUUUUAAUUGAGGGAAAUCGAAAAAAAUAUGACGUUUUUGAUCAAAGAGAACUGGAAAGUGUCUUAGAAAGUCUUUAUAAUGAGACAGACUUAGAAGAAGCUGUGCAAAAUGAACUACCUGUUGUGGAAAUUGAAUUUCGGGUGUUAGCACUUCCAGAAAUAAGCCCUAAUAUUAAUUUGCUGGAUUUGCAUGGCGAACAUACAACAGAUAAUGGUACUGAAUCUGAUUGCAAUAUUAGGCUUAUUAAACUACCCCCUUUAAUUUCGGUUGAGGAAUUAUUUUCUCUAGUUCAAGGUUUAAAUAUUAAGCAAAGAACAUA